AUGGCCGACCUGACUGAACCUAUGACGGCAGAUCCUGCAAGACAUCGUGAAGACCUGCUUGAACGUCUCGAUGCUCUGAGAAGAAAGGAAACCUUUUGCGAUGUGACAGUUGCAGUGAACGGCAAGGAAUUCAAAGCUUACAAAGUCGUUCUAGCUGCGGCCAGUCCGUUCUUCCUUUCGCUUUUGGAAAGCGACAUGAGAGAAAGAAAAGAACAACUGAUCGAAAUCAAGCUUGAAGAGGCAACUGCUUCCGUUAUGGAAGACGUGCUACAAUACAUCUACACUGGAAAUGUUUCCGUCACCGAGGAAAGCUGCCACAAUUUGAUCGCAACAGCGGAUUAUCUUCUUUUACCUGGAUUAAAAACAUUGGCUGUUGAAUUUUUAAAAGAGAAAGUGACAGUUCAAAAUUGUGUCUUCAAUUUUUACUUUGCUAACAAGUAUCAUUGUACAGAGCUGACAGAAAUGUGUUGCAGCGUGAUCAAUUUGAAUUUCAGUGAUGUAAUGAAAACUGAUGAUUUUUUGAACCUUGACAUGAAGCAAGUAAUGGAAUGGGUGUCUAGUGAUGACGUCAAUGUGAAAGCUGAGGAGGAAGUAUUCACGGGAAUUGUGGAGUGGGUGUCCCACAACAGAAGCGAGAGAGAAAGCUGUUUUCCUGAUUUGAUUCGCCAGAUCCGCCUAAGACCUUCAUCACAAGACAUUCUACUAAAAAAACUUGUAAAUGAAGACCUUGUUACUACGAAUAUUGAAUGCAUGAACUUUGUCCUGAGAUCCAUUGUUCACUCAAAUGAAAGUCUUUCCAGAGAACCAAGAAAUUGCUUGAAGGUGCAAAUGGAAGGAAUUUUUCUGUGUGGUGGCAGGAAGGCCUUGUGUUAUCUUCCCCAAGUAAAUAUGUGGUAUAAAAUGGCAGACAUGUCUUUUGAACAUCAAAACCAUUCUCUCCUACUGGACCGGCAAAGGGUCUACAUUUUUAGUAAGCAAAAUACAGGUAUUCAAUCUCAUUUAGUGGAGUACUAUGUGCCUUCCACAAACCUCUGGUGUUCAUUUCAGUCAGGCUUUAAAUAUGAUGAGCAAUUCUGUAGUGUGUCAGCAGUGAGUGGUUAUUCAUUUUUAAAUGCUUUAACCUAUGCUGAACAACAACCUUACAUGUACACAUAUGACAUUAAUACUAAUAAAUGGAAUAUGCAAAAAUAUACGCCUAUAAAUCGAUGGGGAGUCUGUGCCAUAUCACAGGGACAUCACAUUUAUAUAAUAGGUGGUACUCAUUUGGAAGAUUCCGUAGCUGCUGGAAAUACUAAAGUGGAAAGAUUUAAUCCAAGUGAUGAGGGUGUGGAAGAGGUUGCACCUUUGAAUGAGGCAAGGCACAAUGCCUUUGGAGCAGCCAUGAAUGACAAGAUAUAUGUAGCAGGUGGAAUUCAGUUGAGAGAACAAAGAUGUAUACUUCUCAACACAUGUGAGGUAUAUGACCCAUCAACCAAUGCAAUGAGUGGCAUCUGA